UCUCCGCGCAUUUCAAGAUCAAGAUGGCAGCCUCCGUGUGUCGGUGCUACGAGUUGGUUGGCAGACGUGCCUUGACCCUCUGCUCCCGGCCUCUGGUCUCUUCAGUCUGGAGAGGAGAUGCCUACACGUUACAUAGGAGCCCAGCUGCAACUGUGCAGGUGCGAUAUGCUUCAGGACGUAAAAGUUUCCUGGGAGAGUUUGUGGAUAACCUGCGUCAGGAGUUCAGUAAGAAUCAGGAGAUGAAAGACAACAUAAAGAAGUUCAGAGAAGAGGCCAAGAAGCUGGAGGAGUCUGAAGCUCUCCAACAAGCUCGAAGGAAAUAUAAAAAUAUAGAGUCUGAGACAGUGAAGACUUCAGAGGUGUUUAAGAAGACUUUUGGCUCCCUGUCAGAGACCGUCAAGGAGGGUCUUGAGGAGGUGAGUCGUACUGACAUCGGGAAGAAGAUCAAGGAAAGUGUGGAGGAAGCUGCCAAGACAGCAAUGCACUCUGCAGAGUCUGUCUCCAAAGGAGGAGAAAAACUGGGCAGAACCAGUGCAUUCAAGGCCAUCUCACAGGGUGUGGAGACUAUGAAGAAGGAGAUAGAGGUUGGGGAUGCCGGUCCUUACAGAGCUCCCUCUCAGCUAAGAAAGAGAAGUGAUUUUUCCUCCAAAGGAGCAGAAAGCGACUCCAGGGUGUUUGAGGCCGAUGAAGAGGCGAUGGGUGUCGUUCUCCACAAGGAUUCAAAGUGGUACGCUCAGUGGAAGGACUUCAAGGACAAUAAUGUUGUUUUUAACAGAUUCUUCGAGAUGAAGAUGAAAUAUGAUGAAAGUGACAAUGCCGUCGUCAGAGCAUCCAGAGCUGUGACUGACAGAGUCACUGGCUUCCUAGGCGGACUUUUCUCUAAGACAGAAAUGUCCGAGGUGCUGACAGAAAUCGUGAAGGCAGACCCUAGCUUUGACAAAGACAUUUUCCUCAAACAGUGUGAGAAAGACAUCAUCCCUAACAUACUGGAGGCUAUGAUCCGUGGAGAGCUGGAGGUAUUGAAAGACUGGUGCUAUGAAGCUACAUAUAGUCAGCUGGCUCAUCCCAUCCAGCAGGCCAGAGCUCUGGGGCUGCUCUUCCAGUCGAAGAUCCUGGACAUUGAUAACAUCGAUCUAGCGAUGGGUAAGAUGAUGGACCAGGGCCCAGUGCUGAUUAUCACCUUCCAGGCGCAGGUCGUCAUGGUGAUCCGCAGCCCCAAGGGAGACCUUGUGGAAGGAGAUCCGGAGAAGGUGAUGAGGAUGAUGUAUGUUUGGGCGUUGUGUCGCGACCAGGAGGAGCUGAACCCCAACGCAGCCUGGAGACUUCUGGACAUCUCUGCCUCAAGCACAGAGCAGGCCCUCUAGGAGGAGGAGGAGCAACGCAGGUGAAAAGGCAGACACGGGACAUGCAAACUUUGAAGAAGGGCACGAUACAAGAUACAAGGAUGUGCCCAGAACACCUGCACGUACUGACUCACACAUAUAUACGCUAACAUGUGAGCGCAGAGUGCUCCCAUGCUCCUGUGUCGUGCCAGAGACUAUAUUUUCACACACUUGCAUUUCCAAUUGCUGCCCAGAGGAUUUAUGUGCACAUGUAUAUAUUCAUCCACUCUAUGGUGCAACGAUGUACAUGAACAUAGAGAUAAACCAACGGUAUGUGGUAUAUACAAAGAAAACUGUGCAUCCACCAACAUGUGUGUUGUUUCUUGCACUGGGUAGCUCAGUGUUUGGGUUUCCAGGUGGAGAGUGAAUACAGAGCAUUAAUUUUUGAA